AUGUACGCAUUUGAAGACGCCGGAAUUGAAGAACUCGAACGAGAGUUGCUCCACAAAUAUCCGCAUUCCGAUAUCCACUGCGAGUAUUCUAAAGCUGAAGAGGUACUUGUGAUCAAGGGUCAACUCGAAGAAUUGAUAAGUCCCAUCACCAUCUUCAUUUCCUCCUUUAUUGAAAGGCAGAAGGACACAAGUGACCUGCUUGAUGCACCAAGGAUUCGCUUGUUGGACCUUCCGGCCACUCUCGGAGACCAUGAUUCCGUAAUGGACGAGCCCUAUAAUAAAGACGCCGGAGGGUUACUGCCGUUGGAUGAUGAACCUGCGACUGUCGUACCCCACCCCUUUACGCAAGUUACAAAGAAUUGGUCAGGAACCGCGGGAGGUGUAGGAUGUUUUGGCUCAAACAAGCACCACGAGCUACUGCAUGAACUUGCAAAACAUACUGGAACUCAGAUAACUUCCACCAAUGGUUUUGAGAGCCUUCAAGUCUCUGGUCGUAUGGAAGACGAUGUAAACGACGCCUUGGAGAGGCUGUCACGAAUUGAGAAGCCGCUGUCUUAUCUAUGCGACCGAAAAACUGAAAAUCUCGCUCUCGAUGUCACCAUACCUGGCAGUCGAUUGUUGAUACAAAAGUUUGACGACAUUCAUUCCGAUGUGCCUCGCCACGUCUUGGCUGAUUCGUCUAUGAAACAAAUAUUCGUCACUUGCUUUUAUUGCCUAGACAAGGACACUGGGAACUACAACCCUUCAAACAGCCUCCUUCAGCCACCGGUGUGCAGAGGUGAGAACAGUGAAUCGCGCAUUUGGAAUCCCUUUGUCUUUCAAGAGAUUGGCAAAGAGGAUGAGUUUACUGCGCUGGGCUCGCCGGCGGAAACCAAUGAUGCCGAAACCCAGUUGAUGCUCCGUACUUCUAAUCUCUCUCCAGAGAAAGAAAAAGAAGUCAGGCAAUGGACGGAACAUUUAGAGCUGAAUGUGGAAGCCCCCAAGAAAUUACCGGGAAUCAAGUUGCGAAGGCCAAUCCAGUCACAAGCUGGCGCAAAGCAAAGCCUCGAGAUCGAAACGCCUAGGACUGCCCCUUCUGUGUCGCAGCUGAGCUCACCUGAAACGAGGAACUCGCCUCGAGAGCGUUCGGUGAUGGACUGCUCAAACCCGAGUAGCUCUCCCAAUACACACUCCCCCAUCGCCAAAGUCGCCAAAUCUCUGAGCAACUGUAACACAUCAUCCGGGGGGUCUGCUAUGUGCUUCACCAAACCCAAUAUUAUCUCACGACCAGCCGCAUCGUUAGUAACCCAGAAUUCCAGUAGCAAUUCGAAACUCAAAAGGUCCAAUGAGAACGUCACAAACAUACAAAGCAGGCCGCCCAGCGAGGCUCGUAAUGGGCUUGCUGUUAAGCAAGGGCAGCUAAUUGACGUGAUGACGUCGGUCGAACCCAUUGAGAUUGAGCGCUUGCAGGCACAGAUCACGAUGACUGGUCUUCAUCCACCACCGUCCUCCGCUAGCGAAGCACCAAAUCUUCUAAGCUCAUCUGGUGCCCAGCUUACGGCACCAACUGAGGGUCAAUCCGCUGAUUUUCGGGGGCUGCACAUAGUCGGGCCCGCGAGCUCCAGCGGCUCAAUUACUUCAAACUCUGAGGUAUUCGAGGCCUCGAAGGAGAAGCAGGAGACGCGGUUGAAAAAUCUGUAUCUUUCGUAUAAUAGCUCGGCCGAAACACCCUCAACCCCAGCUAGGCCAUGCCAACGGGACUACAGCAGAUUGCUUGAGAAUCGGAUACUUGGUGACCUCGAAAGGGCCACCAAAUCCGAAACCGUACAAGGCAAUGAUGAGGCAACGACCAGGAAGUACCAUCGAAUCAUGGGUCAGAAAGCCUCGAAGCCUGCCCAAAAGACAACCAGCAAAGCUGCCGCCUCAGCUAAAAAACAAGCUACACUUGAUGAUGCAUGGGGGAAGCCGAAGAAGAAGAAGCCCGUAGACGAUGCGGAGAAGAAAGGAACAACCGAGAAACUUCGGAAGACAAGCGUCGAUAAAGACACUGAGCGCUUGUUCGCAGUGUUGCAGCCAAUACUCGAAGCAGCCGAGUCAUUUCCUGGCCCGGUCACUUUUGACAUCCAGUUCGGGCUCGUGUUGAUUCCGCUCAUGCCCCGGACGCAGAAUGCCAACUUGAUGUCUCCGGCCGAAUGGUCAAAGAUAUUCCAACCCCGAAACGGAGUUUCCGCGCCCUCUACCGAGUUUGUGAACAAGCUCACCGCUUGUGGUUCUGAAAUUGAUCAUAUUAUUGACCUUCGAACGUCCAAGGCUGAAGGAAAGUCGCAACUAUUUGAACAGCGGUAUGACGAGUACUGUGUGCAAUACGAGUUCCACUGUCGGCCAAGCGCAGACGAACUGCUUAUUGUUGUCAUUGACGAGCAGGGACGCUCCUCCAUCGAAAACCCGAAAGCAACCCUAGGAGCAGUAAAUAUGCAUUUUCCCAGAAGUAUCUGGGACGCACGCGCAGUGAUUGAGGCUACCACUCAGUAUCAACCUGGAUCUCAUCCGGACGUCGAAGAAUGUGCGAAGCAUAUUGCCGAGCAUCUUUGGAUUCCAGGGGGUAAAAACAUUUGUAUACACACUUCGCUGCCAAAGGGAAGCAAGAUCAGCGUAGAAAAGGUGGUCAUGAGACGCUGGACCAGACAUCGGUACCUUCCUUCUGGCGAAUACACGCGUGGUGACAACCAGGAUAUCCUUCUCCAAGUUACGGAGGUGCAGGACUUGUUCGUCGGUUUCGUGGCUAAGUCGUCCUUGGACAAUCAAUAUGUCAGAGCCCGCUACACCAACCCGGAGGAGAUGAUCCAAAGGCAAAAAGCGUGGUACGAGCUCUCACUUGUUAGCCGUCCGAUCGAGACCAUUCUCGCUACAAAUGCAGCCCUCGAAGUAGGUCAUAAGACCGAGGAGUGGUGCAGCGCCGACUUGCUCGGGAAUACCGGUCUGUCUCUCAAGGAAUCAUCACCCAAGAGCCCUGCAGCGGCAGCAGUCGGUGCGGCGGGUAUAGCCCAGAUGGUAGGACUGGCCAAAGAAGUUGUCAAAAGGAUGGAUAUUGUUGGAGCCUGCAAUCAUGGCCCGGUGACACAGGGUACUUUGCAGACUAGCAAAGGUUUCGACUACUACCAAAUCCAGAGUGUCAAGGAAGUUGAGAGUGUCAAGGAAGUUGAGAGCGUCAAGGAGACGAUGAACGCCGACGCCUUUGACAUCGUUGCGCAUCAGAAAGCGGAGAAAGAGAAGAAGGAGAAGGAGUUCUGGUAG